AUGUCCUACGGCUUUUCCAGUCCUAAUGGCCAGGGUGUUGUCCCUAUAUUCCCUGGUCUGUCAGCCCGAAGCAUCCCGGAAAAUCCAGAUAUUCAACGUGAGACUCUCCGUUUACUAGUGCAGUAUUCUAGGGUCUCUUCUCUGCCAGAGAAUCUGUCAACUCCGGUCAGCUCUGGCCAUACGAGAGACGAGGUCCGAAAUGCCUGGCAGUCCUCGCGGACUGAAGUCCAGCCCAGUGAGGUCUCACCUCUCCGAACACCAUAUCGAUUCACGCGUUCCUCAAGUGGCAGCCGUUCCACUCAACCUUCUCCUACCCGCUCUGUCGCUCCUUCCUUUGGCAGUCUAAUGCGGCUAUCCUCUCGCACUCCUUUCCGACUUACAUCUCCCCAAUCUGUUUCUGUUUCUAUUUCUUCCUCGCAUGAUAUCUCCCCUACCCAUCGCGAGCGCCAACGGACUCUUAGGGAGAGUGUGGCAAUAUCAAAUGCCAGCAGGAACGAUGAGAUAGUUGCAUCUAUCCGAAAGCAGCACUCUUCUAACCCCCCGGAUACCUUGUCAUCUGCCUCCAGAUCCCCCCACUCGCGAUCAGUCUCGCCGACCGCCGAGCAAAGUUCCAUUCGUCGCUCUAGUCGAAAUAGAGUUCAACCCAUCAACUAUUACGCCAACCCUUGGUUCAAUGUUCCCCUUGAUUCUGAGGUGCCUGAAAAAAAUAUCGAAUCUACUCCGGACACCGUCGGAUCUUCCCCACAGGAACCGUGUCGCGUUGCACCCCGUCGUGCAAAUGUCCAAAAGCUGCUGUACGGCCGUGAGCUUGGAGGCGGAAAUCAUCACCCCAUUUUCGCCGAUGUGGUCUCGGACCUGAGACCAUGGAAAUCAUGGCAAGGUGCUUCUGGGGAUCUGCUUGUUCUGGCUUGGUCGCCUGAUGGUACUCAGUUUGCAGCAGGUGCCGCAGCCAAAUCAGACGAACAUAACAUGCAGUACAACAAACCCAACAAUCUUCUUCUAGGUGAUCUUCAGAGCAAUAGUCUAAAGGAAAUUCCGGACCAUUGGAUUCCACGGCCGACAUCGUCCACAGUUGAUGACCCACGGCUUUUUAUGAGCGUCAACAACAUGGAGUGGAUUGGCAAUCGACUCUACACUGCUAGUUUUGACAAAACUGUCAAGAUUUGGGACGUGGAAUCAGCCCGCAACGUAUCCUGUACCCAUACAUUGCAGCAUGAGUCUCGAGUGGCGGUGAUGUCCGUUUCGAAAUUCGACCCGAAUAUCUUAGCUACAGGGACAGAAACAAUCUUGGUCUGGGACACACGAGACCCUGAAAACUUGACAUCGACUCUCCUUCCUCUCGACCGUGAUGCGCGAUACAAGCCCACCUUUGAGUUCUCAUCAACGGCUUUGGCCUGGGGCAAUGCUCCGUCGACUGAGGUAUUCUUAGCCGGAGGUCUGGCCGAACCAGGAGAGGAUCCGAUAUACAAAGGUCACCUAGGCUUGUGGCGAGCCCGCGAAUCUGCAUUUGAGACCGUCAGGAUGUCUUCCAACUCGCAAAAUGUCUUUGACAUUAAGUGGCACUCUUCGUUGCCUAUCUUUGCCACGGCCAGUCCUGAAGAUCCUCACAACGCCCGUAUCAAAGGUAUUGGUAUCACCACGAAAUCAAUCGUGAGGGUGUUUAGCCUCAAUUGUGACCUCCACAAGCGUGUGCCGUCCGUGAUGGAAUUUUCCUGCCCAGCCUUUGAUGUCAAUGAUGUCAGUUUUUGUCCAAUAGACUCAAAUGGCACAUAUGUGACUGCUAGUUGUACGGACGGCAAAACUUAUGUUUGGGAUAAUCGGAAGGGUGAUAGAAUUCUCCACGAACUUCGCCAUAGGGCCCCCCUAAACCCCAUUGAUCAUCAGCGAAGCCGGGAAACGGCGGAUGUGGGGGUUAGGGUAGCGCUCUGGGGUUCGUCGAUGGACCAGUUCUAUACCGGCGCCUCGGAUGGUGUUCUUAAACGAUGGGAUAUCCGCCGAUCACCUGAAGAUGUCCUCGUUGAAGACAUCGCCUCUUUUGACGAGGAGAUAAUGUGCGCUGCCUUCACUGACGAUCAAUCCCAUCUUCUCGUCGGGGGUUCUGGAGGAGGCGUGCACGUUUUAUCGUCGGGACCUUGUUCGGAUCCGGACAUAAGAAGUUUCGAGUUCGAACACGCUCCAGAACCCGAAAAGCCCUGUGACAGUGGCAUCGUUGCGGGAAACCAGCUCGUCCUAUCCGGCCAGAUAGUGAGGCAUGACAAAUUUGGCAUGGGUCAAGGGCCUUCUUACACGGGGCCUUUUGCCUCGUGGGCUAGGAACAUCACACAAGGCGUUUCUUCUCAUCGAAUCGGGCAGCUUCCUCUACUCAAAAAAUACCAGAGCCAACAGUUGGAUGGUCCUCCGCCAGAAGACCGCCAUGAUCUCGAUGUAAAACAGCGACGAGAGGUCGAAAGACAAAUACAACUUGCGGAGAUACGAAAUCGAGGAUUCCGUAAGAGAAAAUGCCGGGAAUAUAAUGAUUCUUCUACGUUCAUUUUCCAGGGUCCUAUAGCUUCCCUUGGCUCUUCCAGGCCGGAGAAAAAGAGGAAGAAAAAAGCCGAGAAAGUCGAAGUGAAAAAGGAAGACAAUCAAGAGAACUGCGGGGAGAAUAGAGGAGCCAACAAAAAAGAGAUAGCGAAAAAGAAAUCUCGGACGAAAAAGAAGGUCCGCAGGCUCUCGCGUCGGAUAAUCAGCAAUACCGAAGACGUUGAUCUUACUCUACUGGACUCAGAUACAGAGAUGGGCAUGUCAAACCGACAGCGGUUUGAUUUUGAGGAACUACUUGAGGUUCUAGAAGAGGAUAAUUGGUUCCCAGCUAGUGGAGAAAUCGAUCCUAACAUCCAAAAGGAGAUCGUCUAA